AUGUCCUUAAAGACCGGGGUGGUCGGGAGUGAAACGGUAUCAGGCGCAGAGCAGACCAACGACAUUGGUCCUAAGGUGUUCAACAUCCUUGUGCUGAAGUGUGAGGACUCGAGGAGCAUCGAGGAAGAAGCCGAGAUGGAAACUCAAAAAGAGCAUCCUCACGAAACGGCAACAACAAGCUAG